CAAAAACAUGCAGACUCCUACUCAAGUCAAAUGCUUCUUUGACUCAAAUGCCACAAACACUUGCCAGUAUAUUGUUUGGGAUAAAGAUACCAGCAAGGCUGCUAUCAUUGAUCCUGUUAUGGACUUUAGUCUGAUUAAUGGCAAUGUUACUUUUGAACAUGCCGAUGAGUUGCUUGCCUUUGUUAAAUCCAACAACCUUGAUGUUAUUUACAUCUUGGAAACUCAUGCUCAUGCAGAUCAUUUGACUAGUUCUCAGUAUCUCAAAAAGCGUCUUGCAUCUCACCCUCCUGUCUGUAUUGGUGUUGGUAUCACUCAAGUGCAAACUACUUUCAAAGAAUUCUACAAUCUCGACAAUUCUUUUGCUACGGAUGGUAGCCAGUUUGAUUAUUUGAUAAAAGACAAAGAAUCCCUUGCUCUGGGAAGUUUGAAUAUUGUGGCAUUGCAUACUCCUGGCCAUACACCUGAUCAUACUGCAUACCAAAUUGGGGAUGCUGUUUUUAUUGGAGACAGUUUGUUCAUGCCGGAUCUCGGAACUGCCAGAUGUGAUUUUCCUGGUGGAAGUGCCGAACAGCUCUACAAUAGUAUCCAAGAACGCUACUGGACACUUCCUCCUUCUACACGCGUGUUUAUUGGCCACGACUAUCCUAAUGGUCGCGAAGCAAGCUGGGAAACUACCAUUAAAGAACAGCAAAGUGCCAAUAAGCAUGUUAAUCUGUCUGUUGAAAAGUCUCAGUUUGUGCAGAUGCGCACCACUCGUGAUGCCACUUUGUCUACCCCAAAACUGCUGCAUUUCUCACUCCAAGUAAAUAUGCGUGCUGGCAAAUUUGAAGCUGUUGCUGGUAGCAAUCAAACGUUGAUGGUGAGAUAUCCUCUUCGCGUACCUGUCGGAUCUCUCUGAUGAAAUUGGUGUAGAUAUCUGGGAAUCAACCUCAACUCUUUACAUAUGCCCAAUAAACCAGUCAGUGUUUUUAUACCAAUUUUAUUU